UGGCUCCUCCUCCACCCACUGCCCACCUCUCCCCGGCAAGCUCCCGGGCUGGGCCGGGGGUCUCCGAGCCCGCGUCUGACUGCCUGGACGUCGAGGCCAGGUUCUAGGCAGCACAGGUCCAGGGCACCGGGGUCUGGGCUGGAGCCGGGAAGCCCCACCGGCCCCUGGGUCCUCGGGCCCGCUCCAGCUUUCCUUGGCCGGUAAUGGGGGCCGGGCCCCUUCCCGCCGCCCCCGGAGCGCCUGCAGGCUGGCCCCCAUGCACUCUCCCUGUGACCUCCUUCCACCAGCUGUCCUCCCGCCGCCAUGCUGCCCCUGCUGCCCCUGUGCCUUUGUCGGCCGUGGCCCCGCAGCCCUCCCGCCCGGCUCUUCGCGGAGGCCGCCCGGCAGCGCCGCUCCGGCUCUGGCCUCUCCGCAGGUCUGGUCCCAGGAACUACUACGAGCUGCUGGGGGUACAUCCUGGUGCCAGCACCGAGGAAGUGAAACGGGCUUUCUUCUCUAAGUCCAAGGAGUUGCACCCUGACCGGGACCCGGGGAACCCAGCCCUGCACAGCCGCUUUGUGGAGCUGAAUGAAGCGUACCGGGUCCUCAGCCGGGAGCAGAGCCGCCGCAGCUACGACCAGCAGCUCCGCUCAACUGCUCCCCCCAAGCCCUCGGGGGCCGCCGCCCACCCCGCAUCUGCCCACCAGGCGCACAGCGGCUCCUGGGAGCCCCCGAAUGCACAAUAUUGGGCCCAGUUUCAUGGAGUGAGGCCGCAGAGGCCGGAGUCGAGGCGGCAGCAGUACAGACACAACCAGCGGGUGCUGGGGUACUGCCUCCUGAUCAUGCUGGCGGGCAUGGGCCUGCACUACGUCGCCUUCAGGAAGCUAGAGCAGAUGCACCGAAGCUUCAUGGAUGAAAAGGACCGGAUCAUCACCACCAUCUACAACGACACCCGGGCCCGAGCCAGGGCCAACAGAGCCCGGCUCCUGCAGGAGCAACAGCCGAGGCCGCCGCUGCAGCCGCCGCCCGAGCCUCCCCCAGGCCCAGGGAACGUGCCCCCCUGAGCCCCUCACCCGGACGGAGCCCGCUGCGUGUGCCCUCUCCGGACGUCCCCGCCCAAAAACGCGUGCAAUAAAGUGAUUCUCAGCCUU